AUGUCGCUACUAAACACAAUUAACACAAUAAUAAAGUGUAUUUUGUUUUCAGACAUAGAUGAAUGUUUAAACAACAACUGUGUAAAUGGGGGGACCUGUGUCCAAGGAAUAAAUUAUUACUUCUGCCGCUGUCUACCAGGAUUUACUGGCGAUUAUUGUGACAAUGGUACGUUUAAAAUGUAUUGUCUUUGGACUAAGACUCUGUCCACACGGUAACGUUUUCGAGCGUUUCUAAAACGUCGUUUCCAAUUUUGUCAGUUUGACGCUCUGUCCACACGGUAACGUUUUCGAGCGUUUCUAAAACGUCGUUUCCAAUUUUGUCAGUUUGAAGCUCUGUCCACACGGUAACGUUUUCGAGCGUUUCUAAAACGUCGUUUCCAAUUUUGUCAGUUUGAAGCUCUGUCCACACGGUAACGUUUUCACGAGAUGCAAAUGUUUGUCUCGACAAAAAUUUCAUCUCUCGCGGCUUAUUAUCACCGUUUAUUUUCUAUCAGAGGGAGUCAUUACUUGUCAACGAGUUUCGGCUUAAAAUGUCCUGUGCUCAUUAUAAUAAAGUAAACAGUUUUAUACUUUUAUGCAUGUGUAUGUUCAGCUUCACCGAUACGAAGUCUGUCGCUUGACGGUCGCUUCUUCGAAAGCAAAACACAUUUUAAAUCGUUCAUAAAUCAUUAUACACUUGAAAGGCUAUAUAUUUUGUUUUAUUUUUUGCUAAAGUUUUUAACUUAAGAAUUAUUAAUGAUACCAAUGAAAGAUCUAAGCUUCCAGGAAACCAAAAAAUAAAUAUUUUGAUUUUAAGCCGCCAUCUUGGAUUUUUAGUGUUUCAAGCAUAGAAAUAUUAGUCAUUAGACCUUUUGUCUAUCAACUUGUCUAUUAUUUCUAUGUUUUCAACGCGAAACGCUUGUCCGAAAACGUUUUUAGCAUUGAAAACGUUUUCGUCACAAGACGUCGUUUUCGUCCGUUUUCGUGUAGACACGGUGAAAACGCUCGAAAACGUUACCGUGUGCACAUAGUCUAAGUGCAAGUUUAUUAGCACAGCAUUGGUUAGCUUUGCCAUUUAUUGAAUGUUGGUGCUUUUUUAACAAAGUGAUUGUUAGAACCUCGGCUAGAAACAAACUUAAUGUGGCUCGAUAUAGUUCUCACAAAAACCCUGCUCAAGAAUCGCGAACAAAACCGAGUGACCAUUUUUAACGCGCAGGUCGCGGAAACUGAUUAAAGCUACAUUUACAACACAGAGUAAUAAUACAUAUGUCUCUACUCUGUGCUUACACGCUACGAUCACAGAGUAGAUAAGACAUACAGAGACGUAACUGACCGUUGUAAACACUGCGGAAGAUUACGUUAUCAUGUACCCACUUUUUUUCAGGCGACCGGGCGAAAAAUGAUCAACUGCGCGUGCUCAGCAAGUUUAAAGUGAGUCGUCAUCAGGUCGUUAUCCAAUCAGAUGCAUGCAUCUAGUAACUUGCCGAGCAUGCGCACAAAAAAAGUGGGUACACUAGUUACGUCUCUGUAUGUCUCUACUCUGUGCUACGAUUAAUCGUGUACGAUCAUGAGUGCUGGCGCCAUAAUUUAUUGCCGUUUCGUUAAAAAGAAAUUUCAAAUGUAGCCAGCUUACGCGUGUUUACUCAAUGACAUACGCCAGAAACGUACGCGAUUAAUCGCAGCGUGUAAACGUAGCUUAAUGAAAUGAAAGAUCUUCCAAAAUGAGCUGACGUGAGCAGUUGCUUGCGCCAUCUCACGUCAUUGUGCGUGUUCUAUAGCGUUUUAUGUCAAUUGCUGACGUCAUUAGAAUUUUCCAUUUUAGAAAAACAAUGCGCUAUACCUCUCUAUUUUGUCUGGUGACCUAUUCUGUAAUGCCAAAAACAUUUUACCGAAGAGUACAACAUUUUCGCAUUUCCAAAAAAUGGCAUUACAGGAUUUUUUUGCUAAUUGUUAGUUUUUCUUCCAAGUGAAAUAAUGCACGAAAAAAAUUGGGAGUCCCCAUGCUUCUUUUCCAAUUAUACGAGCCGAUAGGCCAUUUUGGAGAGAAUUUCGUACACCUAUGUCGUCAUAGCAACGAACUAUAUGUUACUAAAACUAAUAUAAUUUGAAAGUAUAUUAAAAUAUAGAAAAACCCCAGUAUCUGCUGAAUAAAUCCUAAAAAUGCGUAGCUUGAACAUGUCAAAAUGUUGAAGACCUGAAUUUUUGAAAAGUGUAUCGAGCCACCUUAAAUACUUUCUCUUAAACUAAUCGUAAUCCUUACAAUCAUAAUUCCUUAAUAUAACCAUCACUAUUUGCAACAUACUAAGAAUUUUUUGUGUUUCCUAGUGUUACCCACAUGUCGAACAUCUCCAUGUUUACAUAGCGGCACGUGUAUUGAUGAAAGUCCACCAUCUUUCAGAUGUGCUUGUACGAGUAACUACAAAGGAACUUACUGUGAAAUAGGUACGAUGUUAUGUACAGAAAUGGCCCAAAAGUAAUAGCGAUACUAUUAACAUCCUUUUUAUUUUGUUAACUAGAGAAAGAACAUUGUUUAAGCAACCCGUGUUACAAUGGUGUUUGUGUCCCAAAGGAAGGAGGAUAUGAAUGUGUUUGUCGGUACGGCUUCACAGGAUUCCACUGUGACACUG